AUGGGGAAAAACAUUACUGAUUUUCACUUUGUCUCUGACGAUUUUACAUGCAAUUAUACUGAACGAUUAACAAAGGAGAUUGAAAGUGAGAAAAGCUUAGCAGUGACACCUGAGGAUCUGCUUUUGCCUCAGAUGCUAAAUCCUGAGCAGAAACAUGCCUAUGAUCUAAUCCUAGCAGCAUGUUUUUCCUUAGAAGGCCAGGCUUUUUUUGUUGAUGGCCCCGGCGGCACCGGUAAAACGUUCCUGUAUCGGUCGCUUCUCGCGACCUUACGAUCACAGAACCAUAUUGCAAUUGCAGUGGCAACAUCUGGAAUUGCAGCAUCAAUCCUUCCUGGUGGAAGGACAGCUCACUCAAGAUUCAAGAUACCACUUGAUUUCCAGAAAGGUAAGAGUUGCCAGCUUAGUAAACAAAGUUCUGCUGCAAAACUCAUUUCAGAAUCUAAGCUUAUUUUGUGGGAUGAGGCUUCAAUGGCUAAACGGGACACAAUUGAAGCCUUCGACGAAUUGCUGAAGGAUUUAAUGGACUCAGAUUUACCUUUUGGAGGAAAGGUAAUAGUUUUUGGAGGAGAUUUUCGACAGACUCUUCCUGUGAUUGAACAAGCAACUAAACAAGUUCUCGUCCAGUCGACCUUUCCCAUGUCUCCUCUGUGGCCUAAACUGCAUAAAAUCCGACUCGUACAAAAUAUGCGAGCUAUGUUUGAUCCUGAAUUUUCACGAUUCCUUCUAAGAGUAGGAGAAGGAAGAGAACCUAUUGAUGAUGAGGGCGAAAUAACUUUAUCAUCAGAUAUAGUUAUUCCUUAUUACGAUAAAGAGAAAUCCUUAGACAGGUUACUAGAAAGUGUCUUUCCAGAUUUGAACACCUAUUCGCAAGAUCCUUAUAACCUAAUAAAUAGGUGCAUCCUUGCGCCUAAAAAUAGCUCAGUUGAUGAACUCAAUGAAAUAAUGAUUAGGAGAUUUCCUGGAAGCCUUCACACUUAUAUUAGCUCCGACAAGACUGUUGAUCAGCGGCACCAAGAUGACUACGAAGACUUCCUCAAUUCUCAAAAUCCUAAAGGUCUUCCUCCUCAUAAGUUGCUGUUGAAGGAAAACUGUCCACUGAUGCUUCUAAGAAAUCUAAAUCCAGCUGAAGGCCUUUGCAAUGGCACAAGGUUAAUAUGUAGGGAACUUGGCCAGCACACAAUUUCUGCUGAAAUUGUUUUUGGCCAUCAUCGAGGAAAAAGAGUUUUCGUUCCAAGGAUACCUCUUCAAACGCCCGACAAUGACAAGAAUGGGAUUCCAUUCAUAAGAACACAAUUUCCUGUCCGCCUUUGCUUCGCUUUAACUAUCAAUAAAUCGCAGGGCCAAACUCUUGACUACGUCGGCAUCUAUCUACGGGAACCAGUUUUUUCUCAUGGCCAGCUGUAUGUUGCUCUGUCCAGAGCUAAAACCGCUGCCAAAGUUAAAGUUCUUCUUGUUCCUGGAACAUUUGAUGACACAAAAGUAGAUUGCAAAACUCGAAAUGUUGUCUUUGAUGAAAUUUUUAGAUUAGCUCAAGCCUAA